GAGGGGUGUAUUAUUCAGGCGUCAAACUAUUUAACUCUCUAUCGUCAAAUAUCACAAUUUUAAAAAAUGAUAAAAAGCAAUUUAGGAUUGUUUUACGAAAUUAUUUGCAAGUAACGCAUUUUACCGUAUUGAUGAAUUUGUCGAGCAUGCAAGGGGCUCAAAAGUUAAGAGUUAAUAAAUGGUAUGUGUGCAUGAAUAUACAUUGUUGAGACUUGCUUGUUGUAAGUGUAGUAGUAUAUAUGAUGCCUGUUUUUGUUAUGAAUUUUAAUAUUUUAUAAUGUAACUGUUUGGAUGAUAUGGCCUGCCAGUGUGUGGAAUGGCAAGGUGUGAAUUUGACAGGGGUUUUUCCACGACCUAUGUGUGUUGUCCUGACAACUUGAGCUAUCUAUGUGAGGCCUGAUUAUAUAUUUCAUUGGACCAAGGACGAAGGAUGUGUAGUCAUCAUGAAUUUGCAAUAUGUGACAUGUUUUAUAUCCACCCCUAUGGGGAGAUGAUAGGAUCCAUGAAGUGAAAAAUAAAUGUAAAUGUUAGCAUUUGGUAUACUUUCUUUUCCUGAAUUUUGAUUAAAAAACCUGGGGUGGCAGGCGAUACUUAGUUUGCUGUUCCGGCCAGCACCCCUGUUCAUACUGUUAAUAUUUCUCUGUUUUCAACAAAGUUUUAACACGUCACCAGAGAAUGCCGAUGUGACGGUGACGGUAGCUUGUUUGUACUUUCAGCAACGCGUCAACAUGUUAAAACGUUCCAUCGGCAGUGACUUAUGAUGUGACUAAACUCGUUUAAAUACAUUUCAGAAUAUUUUGUUGGCUCUCUGACCGCCUCUUGACAGUCUGUUCUCCACCAGUUUGAAUUGACUGUAAUCCAUACAUCCCUACCGCGAACGCGAACAACGGCGAAGAACGUGUUGUGCUAAUAAUUUCCGGGAAAUUCGAUUGGUCAAGUAUAUACAUUCGAUAUAUCGUAAUGAUGUGGGAGUGCCGCUCUUAGCUUUGGAUAUUAAAGUAAUGUUCACGAACUGUGAUUUUUUUAAUGAGCUGACGCGGCGACAGUACCGCGGGGAAAUAAAAUCUUUGUAUAUUUAUUAUGUGAAAUUCCUCAUUUGUUGCAGUCGACGCUAUCUAAUGUUCUGUUGAUGGUACUGCGAAACGUAUUCGACGGGUGGAUAUGAAAUGGGAGAUGUCCUUGUGGCUGUCAAUGUCAUACUAAUAAAAUGAAAAAUGCUUCAAUUUUGGAAGAAAUCCGGACAGAAGGACAAAGGAAGAGCCUCCCCAUCUUCAGUCUCACCAUCAAAGCUGUCCAAAUUUCACACUGCUUUGCCACUAUCAAAUGGCGCUGUUCCUGUAGAUUCAGUUGAUGGAUUUGAUUCAGGCCCAGUGGGACCUCUUUCGGGCUUCCAAGAAGAGGAUCUGUGUGUUGAAGCAGGUAAUUCCAAACAGCAGAGGGCAGUUGCCAGCAAUUCUCGCCUGUCUAAGACACUUGAAGAGGUUCUGGCUGACAAAGGAGCACUUGGCUAUUUCAUCCAAUACCUGGAGGCUCGUGGUGCCUUCUCACACAUCAAACUGUGGCUUGAUAUAGAGAGUUUCAAAGCAGCAGCUGGAGCGAGAGACCAUGCAGAUUCCACAAGUAGGAAUGCACCUGCGCAUGAACAUGAAGCAAAGCUUUGUCCAUCUCAUUAUGAACCUGAUGAGCUGUCACUCAGCACGGACUCUGGAAGUGUAUUUCAGCUAUCUCUUCAUUCUGGUGGCAGUACAAAUGAUAUUAGUGCUAGAGGUACAUGUAUAGGAACUCCAGAUGAAAGACAGGAAACUACUCAGAGUAACGUGCCACCUUUCCAGUCUCCAAAUAUUAGUUUAACCUGCAGGGAAAGCACAGGAAAUCCUUUACCAUCCUCAGUACCAAACAGUAGGCUUACUAGUAGCAGUUGCGAUUUGACUUGCAGUUAUCAAUGUAACAUAUUUGGGAACAAUAGGCCUGGUAAUUUCAAUAUAGAUAAGACUGAUUCCUCCAGUUUAGAGAGUGCAGUGACGUCCAAUUGUUAUAAGAAACUAGUAGGUGUCUCAAAAAGUGAAACAGAUAAUGCUUUUAUUGGCUGUGCAGUUUGUGGUGGUGAAUCAUUAUCAGAACGAAUAUCGAUUGAUUCUAGCAAGGAUGAAACGACAAAAUCUUUGUCAGUGGGACACAGUCAGUUGUCACAAGCUACUGUGGAUGAUGCAUUAAGAAUUUUUAACAAAUAUAUAUCUCAUGAAGCUACGCAUCCUGUCAAAGUUCCUGACGUCAUUAGAGAUCGGGUUGUGGCAGCCAUUUGCAAUGAUGCGGGUAUGGUUGAUGCUGAAUGUUUCACAGAACUGCAAGAAUAUAUAUUUCAGAUCAUGGAGAAAGAAUAUUUUAAUGAUUUCCUGAGAAGUGAUUUCCAUUGUAAGCACCAAAUUGAUGUUCUUACAAGUGGCAAUGUUGCCCUAACAGAUAUACUGUACAACGAAACUGCUCUCUUUUAUUUUAUGGAGUACAUGGAACAAGAAGGAAAUCAGAGCCUGGUAGAGUUUUGGUUGGCAACAGUGAACUUUGAACAGCACCUAAUAGACAAGAAGGGAGACUAUGAUCCAGUAGAGGCUCAGAAUGAUGCAAUAGUCCUCUAUGAUAAAUAUUUUUCUCUUCAAGCAACUUGUCCAUUAGGCUACAGUGAUAAAAUACGCUUUUAUGUAGAGCAUAAUAUCUGCCGUGAAGAAGGUCCAUUACCUGACUGCUUCAGGAAACCUGCAGAUAUUGUGUUUCAUGUACUUGAAAAGAAUUUUCUGCAACCAUUCUUGACUUCAGAGCUCUACUUCAAAUAUUUAUCAGAGUUGAUAAACACAAUUCAAGCAAGUCCUUCUUUGCUACCAAGACUGGGGAAAUCAGGGUCAGAAUGCAGUAGUGAAUGUAGCAUUUCCAUCCAUAAUACUCUUUUGGCUAUGGAGGAUACAGCAACUCCUCCACGUAAGGUAAUUCGCAACGUUGAUGACCGAGAAAUGAGUAUUGACUCAAGGCAGUUGUAUGACCCAGAUACGCUUUGGAAAAGGAGACACCAAAUGGGGUUGAAUUUUGGUCGAAUAAAUGCAUUGGGCCGAUUUGAAACGGACAUUGAACCUGAACCAGACAGAAAGGAAGAAUCUCGAAUUGCAAAGGUGGUUAAGAAGCUGGUCAACAUGGAGGAAAAUAAGGUUGACCCCCUCAGCUGUCCUAUAUUCUUAACAAUUGUUCAAAGCUGAAAGCUAGCAAAUGAACGUGACUGUGAUGGAACAGGCCUUGUGACAGUCCUUGCUGCCAGGCAACUAACAGUCACUGCCAUCUUGUUUGGAUGUUAGAAGUAUUGAUGUUAUGGCCUUGUAGGAUGGAGUGCUCGGUAGUUCAGUAAGUAGGAACCUAUAUAUUGGUGAAUAUGCUGCCUCUCUCUACCCUGCAUAUGGCUCCUCUAAAAUGUUAGUACCUGUCUACCAAACUGUAUUGUGUCAUUUUCCAGAAGACUGUGAUCUUGAAUACUCAUCAAUGUGGGAACCUGAAAUCUCAUAUAGAAUCGUCAGCUUUCAAAGUAUUGGAACAAAAACCUGAGGGAUAUGUAAUGAGCCCUUCUGGAAAGAAAGAGCAUGGUGUCAUAUGUGUAAUGGUUGAGAGGGCCCUUCAUGCAAUGGGCAUAAAGGGCAAGUCAUAUGAUCAAAAUAUGGUCACACUUGGUAAGCCUGUGUUUCAGUAUGUGUGUAAUAUGCAACAUACUGUUUAAAUGUCAUAUGUGAUAUACAUAUUUUUCUAAUUGGAAAACAGUAUUAAAUGUUGAUAUUAUAUUCAGUUUGUUUAUUACAGCAAACUUUAAUUUAGAUCUUUUUUAUUAUGAAGUUCAAGUCCCGAUGAGGUCAUUGGA